AUGGGCAACGACGUGGUCGUUGCUGCUGAAACCGGCGGUGGUAAGACACUGGCCUUCUUGUUGCCGAUCCUCGAGCAAUUUCGUCGCCGUUCGCUGCCAGUCAGUUCCAUGCGCUUUCCAGCCGCUUUGGUGCUGACUACGUCACAGGAACUCGUUCGACAGGUAGUCACGGUCCUGCAUCAACUUGAUCCAGAACUUGCACCAUAUGCAGUGAGCUUGUCGUCUUCCAGGCAGACAUUACUCCAGGGCAGACGUGCGUGUCCACUGGUCAUCGCGACACCUGGAGCACUCCUGCGUGCCAGUAAACCAAGAGACUUUGCGUUCACGCAGAUGGUUGUGGUUGAUGAAGCUGACAUGCUGCUGAGUGGCGGAUUCGAAAAAGAGACCAAGCAGAUUCUUGCAACGAUUCGCAACCAGCCGCUACUGAAGUCCGAGCUGAAUCGUUUCGAGGAUGCAGACUUACAGGAUCCACAGGUCCAGGACCAUGAUGACAUUGCCACGGAACGCACGCAGACUGUAUUCAUGCGUCACUACAUCGACUACAAGUUUCCGUCGGCCGUGUUUGCUGUGACUGAGGGAUUUCACCGCGUGUUGCCGAAUUUGACGUUGCGUGCGCAUGAUCUGCAACAAUUUGCGACGAGUGGCGACUUUGAAAACGAGCAGCACGCUCGCUGCGAACUCCUGUAUGACAUAGUGGCUACAUCGGGACCUGGUCGGGAUGGCGUGGCCACAGGCCACAAGACGCUCGUGUUCACCAACUCCAUUGCCAGUGCCGACGCGCUGUUUGAUUUCUUGCAAAAGGACAAGAAUAUGACGAACUGUGCGGUCUUUCACAAGGAGGUUGACCGAGCACAGCGUCAGCAACUUGUACAGCGACUUGACAGUGGAGCGGAUGCCGACCAAGAUCUUGUCGUCAUUUGCACUGACAUUGCAGCACGAGGCUUAGACACUACCAAAGUGGGCCAUGUCGUUCAAUUUGAGUUCGCGAGUGACAUUGUGAGCUACCUGCAUCGCAUCGGGCGUACAGGUCGUGCAGGUACAGCAGGUAAUGUCAGCAGCAUCGUAUCGUCCGAGAACAGUCUCGUGCUUGCUAAAAUCCGAGAAGCUGGGUCGUCCACGCUGCAGAAUGCGUUCAGUCGUAAACGCAGUCUCCGGAAGAAGUUCAAGAAAUCGCUGCAACCACGCAACAGCGACUGUUGA